GCCUUCUUCCUAACUUCGGUUUCUUCCGUCAAUUUUUUUGGCGAUCGGAAGAUGCCCAGUUUCUAUCUUAGCUUAAUUAGCUUAAUUUAGGGUUUAUCUUCUUUGAUCUUUUUUUGGUUUCUUUUAAUUUUGUGGUAGAGGUAGUUUAAUUCAGUGGGGGGAAUAUGAAAGGUGUGGUUGUUGAGCAGACCCAUGUCGAAGAUGUUGUUGCUGUUGAUAAUACGAAGGAUAAAAAGAAGAAGCGCCGAUCCCAUCGACGAUCCAAGCAAAAUUCUUCCUCUGUUUCAGCUUUUAGUUCAGUGAAUGAACCAAGUGUGGAAGCAUCACAAUUCCUGGGAACUGGUAGCACAUCCAAUUGCAUAAUACAGAAUCAGCAGCGACUGCCCAGAGCCUCCAAUGUUGCUUUUAAUUCUCUCCCAACGAUGCAUAUAGAUGAACAAGCACCACUACAGGAAAGUGGAAGUAUGCAAAAACAGCAAAUGUUUCCAUCUGAUGGUGGUGGAAGGAUGUCAUCAAAAUCAUGUCCUGAGCCCAUAGCAUUUGAAGAUUCAAUGGGGUCAUAUGUAGAUAAGGACUUGCUUUGCUCCCAUCUGAUUGAGUGUGAUACUCAGAAAAAAUACUUUGCUCCACAUUGGUCCAUGGAAGCUGUUACUAGGGCAUUAGAGAGAGGUGAUGUCUUUAAGGCAUUGUUUCGUGUGAAUGCUCAUAACAGACUUGAGGCCUACUGCAAAAUUGAUGGAGUGCAAACAGAUGUCCUGAUUAGUGGAGUUGCUGCUCAAAACAGAGCUAUUGAAGGAGACAUUGUUGUAAUAGAAGUUGAUCCUCCAUCAAUGUGGCCCAAGAUGAAAGGGUUGAAUGGGGCAUCUCACAAUCCUGCUCUAGCUAAUGAUAGUAAUUUGCUCCUUGAAGCCCCUGAAUAUGUUGCUGAUGGUUGUAAAGGAAAGAGUCAAGUAGAUGUGGAUUUCAACUAUGUUUGUAGUAGAAAUUGCUUUCAUCUUCCAAAUGAGGGUUUUCAUUAUGGGAAUGGCACUUAUUGUGGAGAAAAUGUUUGUACACAACCAAUUAGAUCAACAAGUAAUUGCUAUAUAAAUGGACAUGACCCCUCUGCAUCAGAUCCAUCAUGGGCAGGUUGUUCUAGUGAGCAGAGUGAAGUUUUAAAUGCAGUAGAGAAGUUAUCUGCCUUAAUAAGUUCAGUCCCAUCAAACCGACCUACUGGCGUAGUUGUGGCUAUCCUUGAAAGUUCUCAUCGCCGGAACACUGUUGUUGGUUUUCUUGAUGUGAAGCAUUGGGCUUCAAGUCGAGAAAGUUACAGAAAAGAAUCCAAGAAGAACAAAAAUUUGUUGCCACUUGGCAGUCGAGAGUAUAUCCUGUUAACUCCAACUGACCCGAAAUUUCCCAAAAUGAUGGUACCUCAGCGAAGCCUGCCGGACUGUAUUAAGAAAAGAAUGGAAGAUGGUGAUGCCACAGUUGAGAUGCUACUCGUAGCUGCACAAAUUGUGGAUUGGCUGGAAGAAAAGAAUCUUCCAGAAGCUCAUGUCAUGUAUGUUUUUGGAAGGGGUGGAGAAAUAGAACCACAGAUUGCUGCAAUUUUAUUUGAAUAUGCAAUCAGUCACACUGAAUUUCCCCCUGAAUCACUUACCUGCCUGCCGCCGGUUCCUUGGGAGAUACCGCUGGAGGAGAUUCAUGGUAGAAGGGACUUAAGAAAAUUAUGUGUAUUUACUAUCGACCCUGUGACUGCCAAAGAUCUUGAUGAUGCACUAUCAGUUGAAUUAUUGUCCAUUGGCGUCUUCAGAGUUGGUGUUCACAUUGCUGAUGCAUCAUAUUUUGUUCGACCAGACACAGCCUUAGACACAGAAGCUCAAAUUCGAUCUACAAGUGUAUACUUGUUGCAGCAUAAAUUACCAAUGUUGCCCUCAUUGCUUUCAGAGAAUUUAGGUUCACUUAAUCCUGGAGUGGACAGACUUGCUUUUUCUAUUUUCUGGGACAUUAAUCUUGCUGGAGAGGUUUUAGAUCGCUGGAUUGGUCGGACAAUCAUACAUUCUUGUUGCAAGCUCUCAUAUGAGCAUGCUCAGGACAUUAUUGAUGGACUCAUUGAUGUAGAAAGUUUUAAUAGCUUGGAAAAUAGUUUCCCCCAAUUACAUGGCCAUUUUGAAUGGGCUGAUGUAGUUAGAUCUGUUAGGAGACUUCAUGAGAUCUCCAAAACCUUAAAGAAGAACAGGUUUGAUCAUGGAGCUCUGUCACUAGAAAGUCCCAAAGUGGUUUUCUUAUUUGAUGAUGGUGGAAUUCCCUAUGAUAGUAUGCUCAGUGGGCGGAAGGAUUCAAACUUUCUGGUUGAGGAAUUCAUGCUUUUGGCUAAUCGGACAGCCGCAGAAGUAAUAACUAGGGCUUAUCCUUCUAGUGCUUUAUUGCGGAGGCACCCUGAACCUAACUUGCGGAAGCUUAGGGAGUUUGAAGCUUUUUGUGGCAAACAUGGUUUAGAGUUGAACACUUCUACGUCUGGUCAGCUUCAUCUUUCCCUGGAGCGCAUUAGGCGAGAACUCAAAAAUGAUUCUGUUUUGUUUGAUAUUCUUGUGUCAUAUGCUACAAGGCCAAUGCAGUUGGCUGCAUAUUUCUGUAGCGGAGAUCUCGAAAAUGCUGAAAAUGAUUGGGGUCAUUAUGGUCUGGCCAUUCCCAUCUACACCCACUUUACUUCUCCACUGCGCCAGUAUCCUGAUAUUGUGGUACAUAGGACAUUGGCAGCAGCUGUAGAAGCUGAAGAGAUGUUUCUGAAUCACAAAAAAGGAAUGCCGAAUUUGAGUAGUGAUGAGAUGAUGAGAAGAUGCAUCACUGGAAUACCGAAUUUGAGUAGUGAUGAGAUGAUGAGAAGAUGCAUCACUGGUAUAUGUUUUGACAGAGAUGCUGCAGAAUUGCCUGUAGUUCAGGAAGCACUAUCUUCUGCAGCAUCAAAGAACGGAGUUCCAUGCACAGAAAUAAUUUCAGAUGUUGCUGCUCAUUGCAAUGAAAGAAAGCUGGCCAGCAGGCAUGCCAAGGAUGCUGCUGAGAAACUCUACAUGUGGGUUUUGCUGAAGAAAAAGGAGGUAUGUUUGGUUGCUUUCAACAUGCUAUCAAGAUUUUAG